AUGGAUACUCAGGAGAUUCAGGCAGUGCAUGCUGUGCUGCAUUUAAUCUUCCAUCGCAACAAGAACCAGCACCAGCGGGCAAAAUGGUGGAAGUGGCUGGCCCGACUGAAGCGCACGGCUGUUGAUUUGGGAUCGCGAGACGCCAGUGUCGCCAUUUCGCCUGCAUAUAAACAGUAUCUGUCUACGCAUUUGAUUCCGAAGUGUUACUUGGCAUUCUCAACUGUCAUCGCCGAAAACCAGUUUUCCACACUGGGUAUCGUGCUGUUGGCGACUCUGUCCCGCUUUGCCAAGGCAACUGGGAUAAAACUUGAAGAGGAGACCCGUCAACGACCCCAAGCCAAGAAGAAGACUCAGUCGGCUCCGCCCACUGAGGAUCGCGGAGAACGCGUGAGUCGCGCUGAUAUUGGCGUGACACCAUCAUCGGAGCAAGAACCUCAAAUGCCCCGGAAGAAGUCAGAGAAGCCUACCGCUGAAAAGGCCUCUACCGUCAAAAAGCCGAAGAAGGCUAAGCGAAAGAAGAAUGCCAUCGACGAUUUAUUCAGUGGUUUAUUCUAG